UUUGUUUUUUGACAGUAUAUCUGUAUCUAUAUUCCAACAUAUUUAUAUUCAGAAGAGUUAGUUUGGAUCGUUGAUAUCAUCAACUUGACUCAAUUGAUUCUUGAGCACUCAUAUACCAACGGCUUCAUAUACCGUAAACCGCAACAAUGUGGUACGCGAUCGCUCGACCCAGUGAGUAUCUCGUGCUCACUGGAGCCGGGAUCACCGAUAUCAAGAUCUGCAAGAAGGCCUUGGUGAUGCCAUGGCAGCGAUGUGCUAGGAUUUCCGUCGCCCCGUAUGACUUCUCACUCAGCCUACAGGCUAUGACCAUAGAGAAGCUGCAAUUUUCUCUGCCGGCGGUUUUCACGAUCGGGCCCGACAAUGAGCAAGCAGCGCUAAGGAAAUAUGCUCUGCUUCUUUCUGGAUGCGCGGAAGAGGCUUCUUCGACCCAAGCGAAGGACGUGACAGACAAAGCAAGGCAUAACCAUGUUCAGGAUAUCGUUCGGGGGAUCAUCGAAGGCGAGACUCGUGUGAUCGUUUCUAGCAUGUCCAUGGAGGAGAUCUUCAAGGAGAGGCAAGUCUUUAAGACGAAAGUUAUUGAGAAUGUCCAGAAUGAAUUGCAGCAGUUUGGGUUAAUGAUUUAUAACGCCAACGUCAAAGAGCUCCAAGAUACCCCCGGAAGUGAAUACUUUGCCUUUUUGAGUCGCAAGGCUCAUGAAGGAGCCCUCAACCAGGCCAAGAUCGAUGUUGCUGAGGCCCGCAUGAAAGGUGAAAUCGGAGAGGCCGAGAAGCAGGGCAGAACCAAGCAGGAGAUCUCCAAAAUCGACGCCGACACUGCAGUUCUGGAAACACAACGCAAAGCUGAAAAGGCCAAGGCAGACUCGGAGCUUGAGAACCGCAAAACAGAACUCAACUAUAGUAUCCAACUGAAUAAGAUCACCACUCAGCGCCAGAAGGAAAUGAGAGAUGCCGAGUUGCAGAAACAGGUUCAAACCAAGCGCGCGGAGACGGAGCUGGAACGUCUCCGCGCCGAGCAGGUCACCAAAAGCAAGGUCGAACGUGAAUCGGCCCAGGAAGCAGCCGAUGCUGCCUUCUAUACGGAACAAAAGGCGGCCGAUGCACAACUGUAUAAGCAAAGGAUGGAAGCCGAUGCAGCGUAUUACCGCCAAAGCAAAGAAGCAGAUGCAGCUUACUAUACUCAGAAGCGGGAAGCUGAAGGGGCCCUUGAGAUGGCCAAGGCAUAUGGAGCUCUUGUUGACGUCCUCGGUGGUCCUCAGGCGUUCUUGCAAUACAGAAUGAUGGAGACCGGGACUUACGAGAGGUUGGCCGAUGCCAAUGGCCGUGCCAUCAGUGGCCUUCAGCCUAAGAUUACCUCGUGGAACACCGGAGACAAUAGCAGCGGCUCUCGGGAUUCGAUGGCAGCGAUUCGCAACAUCAUGCAGGGUCUGCCCCCCAUUCUAAGCACAAUCCACGAACAGACAGGGAUCGCCCCUCCAUCCUGGUUUGCGGAGAUGCCAAAGCCCAAUGGCACAGAGAACAGCCCGCUCCCCAAAGAGACGCGCCCAACCAGUGACAUGCUGUUGAACAACUAGACGGGUGCCCGCAUGAGGUUUAGGAAUGUGAUUGCCGGGGAGAACGCAAGAAGGCAGCAGUUGAUAUAUGCUCUCUGCGUUGUGUAUUUGCCAUAUACUGUAGGUUUCUAUGUUCCCAGCGUGUUUUAUGCAGAGAAGUGCCAGUCCUGCCAUCGACCGGUUGGUUGGGCAUAGUUGCUAGGUUAUACGCUUUGCUUGAUGAUUAAACUUUUCAGGAUACUAGCAACAUUAUGUGUACUAGUACCCCUUUAGUGAGCAAAUAGCUAAUGAAU